CGGAAAAGGGRACACGUGUCUUUACGACAACACCCAGAUUCAAUACAGGCAUUCCGUACACUUUGGCGGUGGUGACUGACAAAACUGAGGAAAAUGGACCAGUACUGCUGCCGUAUCCCGAUUACAGUUGGCACAAUUCAAAUGGCAGUAAUUGUGAAAAAAUUACUUCAGUUUAUCGUGUAGCGAUAACGGAGUGUAAUCAAAUGAUCCUAGUCGAUACGGGCGUUAUCGACGACAUUCAACAUUGCCCGCCACAGCUACUCGUCUUCGAUUUGAACACCGAUACCUUGUCUCAUCGUUAUGUUUUCGAUCCAAGCAUAUACGUAGAUGUCGCUUCACUUUUCAUUACACCAAUAGCUCUUGUGAACGAUCCUCCGCCAAAAGGUAGCUGUAGCAAACUAAAAGUAUACGUGGCCGAUGUCAUGUUUCAUGGUCUGGUUGUCUAUGACUCGGAAUUGGAUACAGCUUGGCGUAUCGAGAAUAGAUUCAUGUAUCCCGAUCCCGAUUAUGGCUUAUUAUCAAUUGCCGAUGAGAAAUUCUUUAUAAUGGAUGGCAUMUUUGGUUUGGCCAGUGAUGGAGAACAGCUCUACUUCCAUCCAUUAGCCUCUAUAAAUGAGUAUUCAGUACCUUUGAGCGUCAUAAACAACCGUACCAUAUUUGAGGAGGAUGUGGAAGCCGCGCCGCUUGCUUUUCGUCGGGUGGGAGAACGUAGCAGCCCAUGUGCUGCUCAGGCGAUGGACAGUCACAAYAAUCUCUACUUUGUUACAUUCAAUCCAAUCAAGUUGACUCGUUGGAGUCCGAAUAAGCCGUACACACCUAAAACUGAGUUAGAUAUACCAGCAAAUCCAAAACUGAUUGAGUUUGUAAGCGCCAUGAAGGUGCACAAAAACAAAGCCGGCAUUGAGGAAUUAUGGAUGACGUCRAAUCGUUUUCAGAAAGUCAAUAGAGGUACUAUGGAUUUCAGUGAAGUUAACUUCCGCCUUUUGCGUCGACCUCUUGAUGACAUACAGAAGGUGUCCACCUCAAAUAAAUCUCAUAGCGAGUCAGGGUCCA